GUACAACACUCUUCCAUUAAAUAAGCUUGGAUAUCCCUGCCACCUUUGUCUCUUCCUUGCCAUGCCCAAUACACUGAAACAGGAUAAUAUAUAGAGCUCAAAUGCCAAAAGAGCGUGUGUGAGAGAGAAGUCAGUCACUUUUGCUUUGUUGCAAUGUAAAAACAAACACAAACUGUCAAAGUAGAGAAACAAAAAAAAGACGGGGCUCAAAACCAGACCACAGGUCCAAAACCCCUGUUAAAGAAGGUCAUCUUCUAACAUUUUGAGCUAGAAAAAUCAAGAAAUGGGUUUUGCUGUUUUUCUCUUUGGUUUCUUUCUUUUACUGUCAAAGCCAAAUUGGGUUCUUGCAAAUACUGAGAUCGGGGCACUCAUGGAUAUGAAAGCUGCUUUAGACCCAGAAAACAGGUACCUGACUUCAUGGACCAUUAAUGGCAGCCCAUGUGAUGGUUCAUUUGAAGGUGUUGCUUGUAAUGAGAAGGGUCAAGUAGCUAAUAUUUCACUGCAAGGAAAAGGGCUUUACGGGAAGGUGUCUCCUGCUAUUGCUGGGUUAAAACACUUGACUGGUUUGUAUUUGCAUUUUAACUCCUUGUAUGGAGAUGUACCAAGAGAAAUAGCUAACUUGACUGAGCUAAGUGAUUUGUACUUGAAUGUGAAUAAUCUGUCUGGGGAUAUACCUCCUGAGAUUGGAAUCAUGGCCAAUUUGCAAGUUUUGCAGCUUUGUUAUAACCAGUUCACAGGAAGUAUACCUACUGAGAUGGGGUCUUUGGAGAAGCUUAGUGUUCUUACUUUGCAGUCAAAUCAUCUCACUGGAGCAAUCCCUGCGAGUUUAGGGGGUUUGGGGAUGUUAAUGAGGCUAGAUUUGAGCUACAAUCACUUAUUUGGUUCAAUUCCAACAAAAGUAGCCGAUGCUCCUCUGCUUGAAUUUCUAGAUAUCCGAAAUAACACACUCUCUGGCAAUGUACCUCUAGCUCUUAAGAGAUUGAAUGAUGGAUUCCUGUAUGAAAACAACUUGGGAUUGUGUGGAGCUGGGUUUGUGUCUCUGAAUGCUUGCAAUGCUUCAGAACUUAAUCCAAGCAGACCCGAACCCUUUGGAACUGGUGUAAAUGGUCUGCCAAGAGAGAUCCCAGAAACAGCAAGUUUGCCGUUGCUAUGCAACCAAACUCACUGUUCAAACCCGUCAAAGUCCCAUCACGCAUCGGCUGCUGUUGCUACAGUUGUCAUAACGAUUUUACUGGCAGCCAUAGGAAUUCUGACAUUUACCCAGUAUCGCCGCCGGAAACAGAAGCUUGCUAGCUCAUAUGAAGUUUCUGAUAGCCGCCUAAGUACUGACCAGGCAAAGGGAGCUUACAGGAAGAAUGGCUCUCCUCUAAUCAGUCUCGAGUAUCCUAAUGGAUGGGACCCUUUAGCUGAUGGCAGGAAUUUAAGUGGGAAUGCCCAGGAUGUCUUCCAAAGUUUCAGGUUCAACUUGGAAGAGGUGGAGACUGCCACACAGUACUUCUCGGAGGUCAAUUUGUUGGGUAAGAGUAACUUUUCUGCAACAUACCGAGGAAUUUUAAGAGAUGGGUCUGUUGUUGCUAUCAAGAGCAUUAGUAAAAACAGCUGCAAGUCAGAGGAGACUGAGUUCUUGAAGGGGCUGAAUACUUUGACAUCACUGAGGCAUGAGAAUUUAGUGAGGUUGAGAGGAUUCUGCUGUUCAAGGGGCCGAGGGGAGUGCUUUCUCAUUUAUGAUUUUGUUCCCAAUGGUAAUCUGCUGAGGUAUCUUGAUGUGAAGGAUGGGGAUGGCCACGUGCUUGAAUGGUCCACCAGAGUUUCAAUCGUCAGGGGUAUCGCCAAAGGUAUAGCAUACUUGCAUGGGUACAAAGCGAACAAACCAUCUCUGAUCCACCAAAACAUCACUGCUGAAAAGGUCCUAAUUGACCAGCGAUGCAGUCCGUUGCUCGCAGAUUCUGGCUUGCAAAACCUUCUUACGAAUGACAUCGUGUUCUCAGCACUCAAAACCAGUGCUGCCAUGGGGUACCUAGCUCCUGAGUACACUACCACAGGCCGGUUCACAGACAAAAGUGACGUGUACGCAUUUGGAGUGAUAGUUUUCCAAGUUCUCUCAGGGAAGCGAAAAGUGACUGACUUGGUACGUCUUGGAGCAGAUGCAUGCAGAUUCCAAGAUUAUAUUGACCCCAAUCUCCAUGGCAGAUUCUUCGAAUAUGAAGCAGCUAAGCUUGCAAGAAUCGCUUGGCUUUGCACUCACGAGUCUCCCAUUGAAAGACCAUCUACGGAAGCAGUUGUUCAUGAACUAGGUAACUGUAGUAGCUGUCUCUAGUUUCCACGAGUAUUUUCUUAACCGUUGCCUAGGAAGUUUUCAAAUAUGACAUUGCAAGCUGAGAAAUGGCAGUGGAGCUAACUACUCACUGAACUUUCGUUCUUAGUUAUAUUGCGAUAUCCUCUUGCUGAGGACUAGCUAACUUUGUCGCAAAUGUCAAUGGAUGGCGGUUUCUUGUAGACCGGAGAUGGAAUAUGGUGGGCAAUUUUCAUUUGUCUUCACCUCAUGUUGUUGAAAUACUGCUGUAAAGAGGUGAUAUGCCCCAGGAAAAAAAGCUGCAACUCCUAUGUAUUCUCAUCCCCAAGGUUCAUACAAUUAGCGUUCGUUUUUUUUUAUAA